CAUAUCAGAUGGAAGCAAAGCAACUUCAUCAUACCCCCGCAGAUUCUGCCAUGUGGCUUCUCUCUCUCUCUCUCUCUCUCUCUCUCUCUAACUUAUUGAAACCAAACCAGACAAGAGCGUUUCAAUGUCAUUGCUGUGAUUCUCUUUAAGUCCGUCCAGACACAACUCCCAAUUCUUCUUCUUCUCUUCCUGUUGUCUUUUUUUUUAAAAAAAAUUUUAAUCUUUGAAACCGGAAAAAAAAAAAGAAGAAGAAGGAAGAGUAUGGGAGGCUGUACUUCUAAGCCCUCCUCCUCCGUCAAACCUAAUCCUUACGCACCCAAAGACCUUGUUCUUCAAAAUGACGAUUCUACCCCUGCCCGUCCCGGCAAAUCCCCUGUUCGUUCCUCUCCCGCCGUAAAGGUCUCUCCUUUUUUCCCUUUCUACACGCCUAGUCCCGCCCGGCACCGCCGUAACAAGAGCCGCGACGGCGGAGGUNGAAAGACGUGGCAAAAGGCAAAACUAAUUUCAACCAAUCCACUUCAUUCAUACCCCCGCAGAUUCUGCCAUGUGGCUUCUCUCUCUUCUACAGCUCACUNACGGGAUGUUCUGCGGCGGAGGAAGGAGAAGAAGGAGGCUGCUCUGCCUACGGCGAGGCAUCAGAUGGAGGAGGAGGAGAGGGAGGAGGUUGGGCUGGACAAAAGAUUUGGUUUUUCCAAGGAGUUACAGAGUAGGAUUGAGCUAGGAGAAGAGAUUGGUCGAGGGCAUUUUGGUUACACUUGCUCUGCUAAGUUCAAGAAAGGAGAGCUCAAGGAUCAGGAAGUUGCUGUUAAAGUCAUCCCAAAAUCUAAGAUGACAUCUGCAAUAUCUAUAGAGGAUGUGAGAAGAGAAGUUAAAAUACUGCGGGCUUUAUCUGGACAUCAAAAUUUAGUACAAUUCUAUGAUGCAUUCGAGGACAAUGCCAACGUCUACAUCGUUAUGGAGUUAUGUGGAGGUGGUGAACUUCUUGACAGGAUACUAGCAAGGGGAGGUAAAUACACUGAAGAUGAUGCAAAAGCAGUGCUUAUACAGAUCCUUAACGUUGUAGCUUUCUGUCAUCUCCAAGGUGUUGUUCAUAGAGAUCUAAAGCCAGAGAACUUCUUGUACACUUCCAAGGAAGAAAACUCUCAGUUGAAAGUCAUAGAUUUUGGCUUAUCAGACUUUGUCAGACCAGAUGAAAGACUAAAUGAUAUAGUGGGAAGUGCAUAUUACGUAGCCCCUGAAGUUCUACAUAGAUCUUACACCACGGAAGCUGAUGUAUGGAGCAUAGGAGUAAUAGCAUACAUUCUCCUAUGUGGAAGCCGUCCUUUUUGGGCAAGAACUGAAUCAGGAAUUUUCAGGGCAGUUCUAAAAGCUGAUCCUAGUUUUGAUGAACCUCCUUGGCCUUCAUUAUCCUUUGAGGCUAAAGAUUUUGUUAAAAGAUUAUUGUACAAAGACCCUCGGAAAAGAAUGACAGCCUCUCAAGCUUUGAUGCAUCCUUGGAUCGCGGGUUAUAAGAAAAUAGAGAUCCCGUUUGAUAUUCUGAUCUUCAAGCAGAUGAAAGCAUACUUGAAAUCUUCUUCUUUGCGCAAAGCUGCUUUGAUGGCUCUAUCCAAGACAUUAAUUACCGAUGAACUUCUUUAUCUGAAAGCGCAGUUUGCACUCUUAGCACCCAAUAAAAAUAGCCUCAUUACUUUGGAUAAUAUCAGAUUGGCACUUGCUACAAAUGCAACAGAUGCAAUGAAGGAAUCACGGAUCCCGGUCUUUCUUGCGUUGUUAAAUGGACUUCAAUACAAAGGGAUGGAUUUCGAAGAGUUUUGUGCAGCUUCUAUUAGCGUUCAUCAGCAUGAGUCUCUUGAUUGUUGGGAGCAGAGCAUUCGUCAUGCUUAUGAGCUCUUUGAGAUGAAUGGAAACCGAGUUAUCGUCAUCGAAGAACUAGCUUCUGAACUUGGUGUUGGAUCAUCGAUGCCGGUCCAUACCAUUCUACAUGACUGGAUAAGACACACUGAUGGGAAGCUGAGCUUCUUGGGUUUUGUCAAACUGUUGCACGGUGUCUCAACUCGACAAGCAUUAGCAAAACCACGGUGAAAAAAGUAACUUGAUGUUAUAAUGGAUUCAAGAGAGGAAGAACAAACAACUUGCGGAUGGAUUUCAAGAACUUAACUGAUUCUUGGAGUGGAAUCGGACAUUGGAAUUGUUUUCAAGACCCCAUUCCUAUGUUUAUAGUGUUAAAAAAAGAAUGCAAAGUUCCAAACAUAGAAAAGAGUAUCAAAAAAAUCCAACAGGCCUGGAAAGUUGUAAUAAGACGAUAAUCCAGUAGUGAUGUACUUCCAAAUCACGGAAGACAGAGGUUAAGAACAUUCCUUUCUCUUUUUGUUUGA